CCCUCGGAGAUCAUUACACACACACAGCGCCGAGAGUGCGAAGAAGUGAUUGAGUGAACGGGAUUUUAUCCCCAACGAUCGGAUAUCAACUGCGAAGACCUAUCAACACAGACGAUAGAUACCGGUAGUGCACGAAAAGCUGCUUUCUUCCUCCCUCAUAGUUGGAGGCUGCUUUACUCUUUACCGGGACCACCGGAAGGUGGCAGAAAUAUAACACCAUGUCCGGGGGGUACGUGCUCCAUUCCAUUUUCAGGAUUGGGCCUUUCACUUCUUGAAUCCCAUCCUGUAGGUGGGACUUUUGGCCUCGCUGGUACUGGAGCUAAUUUACCGAAUCGAACCGGAUAGAUCUCUAAAGGACUUGUCAAAAACCCUGAAUGUGGCCUUGUCCGCACCGCUCCCCGUCUAUCCUUUACCGGAUGACGUGCUUAAUGUCAUACAUGCUUACCUCAACAAACAUAUAAAUUCCGAUGACCACGACUCCCAACGACUUCACGACGAGCUGCUGAGCCUACAUGAAUCGAAGGUCCGAAAUAAGCCGGAGAAGCAUGCUACAUUUCUAGCAUGUUUCCGGGCCCUUCGGCCCGGCCUGAUCGGUGUGGAGAGACUAUUAAAGUGGUGGGAUAUACUCGUUCGACCAACCCUAGACUCCAUGGGUCAAGCAAAGGUUGUUGUGGCGGAUGCACGGGCUAUAGUUCUCAGUGUGCUAGCUUAUGAUGACGAGGAUGACCCAACGGGAGAGAAGGCAAAGGCAUCGGCAGUAUUUACGGAUAAACUGUUUGAAGUUUUCCUAGAGAAGACCAAGCUGAUAUCAUCAGAUAGAGGUGCCGGGUUUAAGGAAGAACAGAAGCAGAGAUUCGUUUCUGCGAAUGUUGAGGCUGUGCUUCUGGCCUUUGGGAAAAGGAAGCCAAAGGUUGGUUAUGGCUCUGCGAGAUCACGAAUGGCCGGGGCUGACUCGGGAAAUAGGUGUUCCUCGAGAAGAUCGAUAGCUAUGUGGUGCAGAAGGAGUACAGGCUGCAAGUGUUGGGCUUGUUGUGCAGCUUCGUGCGGUUACAGGGGCCACAUCUCUACCAGAUCCUACAGACCGAAUUGCUCGACCACCUUCUACAAUGCCUUGAAAACGAUACAUCUACCACGGUCAUCUCCUUAGCUCUGACCGUCUUGAUCAUGUUCAUGCCUCAUUUGUGCAACUCAUUAGCAUCUUAUCUGCCUAGGCUCUUCGUGGUCUACACCAGGGUGCUUUGUUGGGAUAAGUUUGGUGUAGUGCGUUUGGAAGAGAUGAAAUUCGCUGGACACAAAGACAAUUAUUCCAGGGCAAAUACUCCUCUGCCCAUCGCCAAGAGCGAAAAAUUCAAUAUCUCUUGGCGGAAACUGGACUCUUCCUUUGAGACUGCGACUUCGACGACCCCAGAUGUGAGCGAUUACUUCACUUUCCUUUAUGGAUUAUAUCCUCUCAAUCUUAUGGCGUUCAUCCGGGAGCCCUAUAAGUUCCUAGAGCGAGCAAACCACAAGGACAUUGACCACUUAGAUAUCGACGAAGAGACGAUAAGACAGCGAACAGAAACAUACCGCCAACGGCACGCGCUUCACCCGAAUUUCCUGAAUCUGACAGCUGAGACGGAGCUAAGUGAUCAGAGUCGCUGGAUGAAGGUUGAACCGGCGGACGUGACGGCGGAGUGUAUCGGUCUUGUUAACAGCAGCAUCCCAAUGGGUUCUGCGCACGAUUCAAGGGCUAAAGGAGCUGUUCCCGCUGCUCCCACAAAACCAGGACUCCCCGAGGCUCUUGUGCCCACGGAGGAUAUACCCAAUGAAAGCCUAUUGUCUUCCGAAGCUGUAGAUGAUGACCGUGCAUCCAACUACGCAUCCGACGCAUCUGCACAAAGUUGGAGGGGCGACACCACUGGAAUAUACCCAAAGGACAAUUACACAGAGGUCCUUGGUCUCUUCUCACGCCCUCCCGCGGGAUACGGGGCCCACUCAAGGGAUUCUCCGUAUACAAUGCCUCGGGAUUCCAAGACACCCGAUAGUCCAACAAUACCACACACGAUAGCGCCAUGCGAGGAAGAGGAGCGGCUCCAAGACAUGAUCCGGCUCCAAGAGAAUUUGCGUGCAAACUUGCAUGAGUCUAUGAAGAACGACUCAACGCAUUCACUGCCGCCGCUUCCCGGGCCACCUCCUUCUGGCCCACCCCCGGGAUAUGGAAGUGUUACGGCCUCGCCCCGACUCGACGCCUACGCUCACUCACUCAGCCAAAAUACAGUGCCGCGGUCACCAGCACUUCGGCCGGCCGCAUCCGACACCCAGGGGACUAUCGCAUUCCUACAAAGGGAGGUGAUGUUGCUCAAGAAUGACUUAAAUUUCGAGCGUUAUCUCAAACAGCAACAUCUUUCCCAUAUUGGCCAUUUGCAAAGAAAACAUAUUAAGGAGGCCACUGCGGAAGCAGAGACACAGAAUUUAGUUAACACUAAUAAGACAUUGAAGGCUAAAUUAGAAGAAGCAAAGAGGGCCCAUACAGCUUCGAAGCAGGAGGCUUUGAAGUGCAAAUCCCAGGCUAAAAAAUGGGAGGCUGAGCUCAAUUCUAGGAUAAGAAUCUUGCGGGAAGAGCAAAAAGAAUGGAGAAGUGAUGAAGAGUCAACAAAGCAAGCUCUCCAGGCGGCUAGAGAGGAAGCAGACAAUUUGAGGAAGCUACUGGCUGAGAACGAAGCGGAAGGACUGCGAACUCGACAGAAACUCCAAUCGAUCUCAUCAGAGAUGGAGGAAGUCAAUAAACUCCGAGCAUUUGUCGAUCACCUUAGCAGCAAGUUGGCUCAGCAUGAAUCUCACUCCGAAGAAUUCGAGAUGCGCAAACAUAGUGAAGAGGCCGCCCUAGCCCAGGUGGAAAGGAUCAAGAUGAGAUUACAGUCACGGGAGCAGGAGGCACAGAAGAUGAAGCGGUAGGUUCCGUACCCAUUUAUUGCAGAGUUUUUUUGCUACUUUCGGUACUAAUAAUUACAGUGGCUAUGAGAACAAAAUCCAAGAAUUGGAAUCACGGAUUAGUUCACUGUCAAAUCCUAUGCCCGCUGCUCCUGGCCAGGCUUUGCAGGGAAUGAUCGAUAAUGCCCUUUCAGCUACGAAUGCUCGCCUCGCUUCAUUGAAGAAGGAACACAACCAGCUUCUGAGCAGAUAUUACAAUUUAAAGAUCAAGUGUAUCAAACUUCAAGCAGAUCAAGAGCUUUCAACCCUUUCUCUACAGCACGGCAGUCCUGACAACCACCAAAUAUCCCCCAUUAGUCAGGGAUUUAACGACCUGCACUCGUCCCUCGCUCUCUCUGAUAGUGAAGGCAGUCAGUGCCAUAGCCCACGUGGGGGUAACCACCUUUACCACUCCGAGGAGUCCACAAGCCCCCAUUCGGGCAGUUAUCCUGAUUCGGCGAAAAGCAACUAUUCGGGUGGCCAGAAUAUGUAUUUUUCGCCUAAUGAUCGUACCCAGAGUGCUCAGGCUGCUCCAAAUAGUGUUGUGCAUCCUACGCCGCCAGGUUAUAUCCAUCCUGGGCUAACUACAACGACCGGGAAUGGCCAGGUUUCGAUGGGAUUCAGUAGCCCAGAGCCGCAUCAACACCCAUCACAUCAGCCGCAACACCAACAGAAUCAUCCGGGCCAACAGCAGCCGCCGGUUCAAGAGCGCCCCAGCUCAUCACCGCUAAGGCGCGGCCCUUCGGCCGCCGGGAGCACAUUUUCCAACACGGAUAGCCAGAGUAUGAAGACAGUCACUUCCACCACAUCAUCUGAGAAAAGACGACAGGAGAAAAUCAAGGCCAACUCGGAAAUCAGAGUGAGAGGAAGAGGUACGUGAAUUGAUUUUUUUUUAUAUCAAUUGCCUUUGUUCAUCUGCUUUCUUCCCUUCUUGGCCCUGCUCCUGCCCGUAUUUCUUAACUCCCGUCAAUUUCCCUCAUAUGUGCUUCCAAUCCCAUGGGCGGUUCAACUUAGCGUGCUCUUUCCCCCCAUUUUUCUUUCUUUUUUCUCUACCCCCCACCACCACCACCAACCAACACCCCGAGUCCCGACCCUAAACCUCCAUUCCCCUGCCAACGUGGCUUGUUUGGGAUAACGGCUGUGGCUCAAGUUAAAUUCCUUACAUACCUCUGCACCCCUUUUGGCAUCUCAUCCCAAGCCCCAUUCUUUUACCACAUUGAAUAUCAUAAGCAGGAUACCAUACAUAUUACCUAACAUAACUAACCUCUUUCUUUUUCACCCUUUACCACAGGUGGCGUCCAGAACAUUGGCAAAAAAGAUAAAGAAAAGGCGGCGAAAAAGGAGGAUAAGAAGAAGGACAAGAAGAGCAGGUUUCCGACUGGGAGUGGGUUAGCUGGUAUCAGAGGGUUUGUCUAAAGUUUGUUGUUGGUAGCAUUUCGUCCUUUAGGUCUUGGGUGGGUGGAGUGCAGAUGCUGCAGGAGCCGCGCAGAGGAGGAGGGUACUCGAGCAUUGUACUUGUCCCGGGCUAGAAGUACUCUACAAGGAAAUGGUCUGAGGUAAACUUAUACUUCGUAUCGGCGUUCAGAUACGUACAGUACAUUUUUCUUCCUUUUUACCAUACACUCUAUUAAUACCUGUUUUCCGGUACCUCUGCCUGGGGCGGGUAUCGUGGUGGUGGCUCUUCUUCUGAAUGUUGUUGUUUCCACGGGCAUGAUACUAAUUGCCAGUACAGUACCGGUAGUUUGCUCACUCACCGGUACUGCUACUGCGGCUAUCAUACCUCAGCAACUACAAAUAUCUAAUGCCAUACUUACCCGUUAUCGGAACUGGAUAGUGAGGAUUUAUUUCUUUUCCUUUCCCUUUCUUUUUCGCGGUGGGCCUGUUUUGCUUUUCAUUUCGGUUCCUUCUUUCUUGUAACAUUACAGUAUUGUGUUUUUCUUUUCUUUUUGUAUAUAUUAUGAUGCCCUACGGUACUCAUUACGUUACCGGCACGUGGGGGGGGGGAUGGAGUACCGGUACUGGUAUUUCUGUUAUGUACUCGGGUGCUCGGGUGCCUUAUCCCUUUCUUUUAAUUUUUCUAAUGUCAUAUUUUCAUAUUUCUUAGUUUCUAUUUCCACUGCUUCUUCCCCUUGCUGGAGAAGCACUAGUGUACCGGUAUAUGAUACGAGUAACGUUUUCGGGAUACCGAUAUCAUGUCCCUGUGGGGUACUCGCACAGUACGGUACUGUACUCGUACUCGAGUAUGAUACAGGGUACAAGUACGAGUACAGUAAACCCGGAAGAAAAGAAAGAAAGAAAAAAGCAAAGUGAAGAAAAGAAGUUGUGCGAGUGCUGUACUCGUACGAGUACUGUAGGGCGGGCGAAAUUGGUUGGGGUGGGAGGGAUUCAAGUUAAGCUUAGGGUCCCUGCAUCCUGGAUUUCGAUUCCCCCCUAAUCUGUGUUUGCUUUUGAUACGGUGCUCGCAGUGGGGGGCCAAGUCCGGUGGGUUGAACGUGGACAGGCGGACGGGCCGGAUUCCAACAAGGGGAAUCUCGCAUAGGAGAACUCCGAACAAGGACAAGUUACGGUACUUGUACUAGUACAUCUGUUGUAGACAGAGCUUCCGCUUCUUCUUCCCCUCCUUCCUUUUCCCCAUGCAUGGUCUGUCAUCGUGCGGUAGAAUGCGAUACCACGGGAGGGGGGGUACCGCACCAUUACCGUACCGGUGCCGCAAAACCUGGGCGUCGGGUGCGCUCUCUGGUACCUGUAUCAUACCCGUACAUGUACAGUACUCGAGUACAGUGUACCGAUUGCGCGAUAUUUAACCAGCUCACAUAUCAACACCUGUAUCAUGUUCCUGUAGCGUAAGGGCCUCAAUAACUUGUGGUAAUGGGUAGAACCCCAUUCCGGAAAGUAUGGGUUUGUAAUAUUUGUAAGCGCAGUAGAUGUUCCUCUUCCCCACCCGCGAUUUGAGCGUGUAUAUAUAUGUAUGUGAAUAUUUAUUUCUUUGGUAUGCGCUAUCAUACUGAUAACUCCUUUUCUACUUCAAUGGUUUCUAUCCCGCUGUUCUUCGCGAAUAAUUCCUCCGCCUGCACUCGUAGCCUCUUCCUCAACAACGCUGCAGGCUUCUGCGGUUGCCUGAGGGGGUUAUUCUCCCCUUCUUUGUCCCGCUGCUUUGCGAGGGCAUGGUAGAGUUGGUGGUCCCAUCUAAUAUCACCAACAUCAUUAGCCGUCUGCACACCGGUAUACCGCCAACAGGCGAUAUCCGAGGAGGAAAAGAAAAAAAAAAACAAUGCCGGAUAAGGCGGCUCACGGAGAUAAGUCCUCGGGCUCGGGUGGGUACACAAACGGCUCCUUUAAUUCCACCGUCAUCUUCUUGAUUGCUCGGGGCCGAUACCAUUCGAUUUUCGCCCGGCUGAGAUCCUUGUUCUUGGCCCGCUGGAUCUUUUGUUGCUGGACGAAGGACCUUACGGAGAGGACCUCGACAUUGUAGACGUGUAGUAGGUAGUCUUUUAGAUCCAGUUUAUUUAUGUUUAGGGGAACGAUGAAUUGUGCGUAGUUUGGCGGGAGGUGGGGUGUUCGGACGAGUGCAAGGGUGAGAUUCGGACUGGGAGGAGUUUGUUAGCGGGAAUUGAGCAAUUGAGGUUAAUUAGAGGAACCAACAAACUUACAGGAAGACCUUUUUUGUUCCGAGAGGCAUUUUUGAGUGUAGAUCAUGGAGGAUGCGGUUGUUUCCCCAGAUAUCGCUGCUCGGGGAUGAAAAAAGAGGUGCGG